AUGAGUGAAUACUGGGUCUCGAACAAGCGCUACUGGUGCAAGUACUGCGGCAUCUCCAUCGCAGACGAUGUUCCCUCUCGUCAACAGCACGAAGGGGGCCUCCGGCACAAGGGCAAUGUUGAGCGGUUCAUUCGCAACAUCUACAAGACGGGGGAGAAGCGCAAGAAGGAGGCCGCCGAGGAGGCGAGGGAUAUGGAAAGGAUAGAGAAGGCAGCGCAAGCAGCAUUCCACAACGAUGUCGGCGCAGGUCAUGCAAAGAUGUCAGAUUCGAGUCUGCCAUCCACCUCUAAAGCCCCUGCUGUCAAGAAGCCGGCUGCCAAACCAUCCAACCCAUUCGCCAAUUACACCACUGCUCAGUCUCUCGGCUACACCGAUCCUGAAGAGGAACUCGCAAAGACUCGGCAGACGCAGGGUGUCGUCGGCGAAUGGCAGUUUAUCGCGCCAACAGCCUCUGCCUCUCCCGCUCCUGAGGAAAAUCCUGUCGUGAGCGACUUGAAGCGGCCAGCGGAGGGGGAUGAGGACGGACGCAGCUUCAAGCUGCGUAAGAAGACCGUGAACCUUGGCGACGUCUACGAUCCCGGCGUCAUCACAAUCAAGCCGAGAGUGAAGAAGGAGGAGUCUCCCGCACCUCCAGCAUCCGAGACUGUCGACGCAUCUAAGCCAGCCACAUCCCUUCAAUUCACGUCGAUAUCGCUGAAGAAGGCACCGACUGAACCUUCAGCAGCCACUGCAUCCUCAGAACCUGCCACAGAGUCGCCAGCACCCGAAGCUUCGCAGUCCAACGGUGCAUCCAAAUGGACGAAGUCUUCUUGGGGUGCGCCAAUAGAGGACACACCAGUCGACUACGAGGAUCUCGGGAAGGUCGAUGCAGGGCCCGCGGCGGAGGUGAAGAAGGAAGAGGCCCCGUCAACACCUCUGGACGGCGCUCCUUCACCGACCAGGGUUGGUGCAGACGCUGUCAAGAAGGAAGAAGAGCCCGCGGCCCCGCCACCAGCACCCUCGGGAGGUAGCCUUUUCAAGAAGCGCAAGGCUGCGCCAUCUGCUGGUGCUCGCGGUGGCAGACGGUUCUGA